GCAUCCUCAGGCUGCAACCAACCAUGUCGGUUCUCACGCCUGUGACUCUGGCUGAGAAGCUGCUGGGAGCUCUGGAGUCGCUAAUGAGCUUCCUGUGGAAUAUCCUAGUGUCCCUGAGCUUUGGGCUCAGGUCCAGGCUUCAGAGGACCGAGUGUGGACAGCGGCAGCUGGGAAGGAGAAAAGAAGACUCUGGAGCGGCAGAGGGGCAGUUGGCUCUGCCCACAGUCCCCACCAGCGUCAACUACCACUUCACCCGCCAGUGCAACUACAAAUGUGGCUUCUGCUUCCAUACGGCCAAAACGUCUUACGUGCUGCCCCUGGAGGAGGCCAAGAGAGGGCUACUGAUGCUCAAGGAAGCGGGUAUGGAGAAGAUUAAUUUUUCUGGCGGAGAGCCAUUUAUUCACGAUCGGGGGGAAUACCUGGGCCAGCUGGUGAAGUUUUGCAAGCAGGACCUCCAACUGCCCAGUGUGAGCAUUGUGAGCAACGGGAGCCUGAUCCGAGAAAGGUGGUUCAAGGAAUACGGUGAAUAUUUGGAUAUUCUUGCCAUCUCCUGCGACAGCUUUGAUGAGCAAGUCAAUGUUCUGAUUGGUCGUGGUCAAGGAAAGAAGAACCACGUGGAAAAUCUUCAAAAGCUGAGAAAGUGGUGCAGGGAUUAUAGAGUUGCCUUUAAGAUCAAUUCAGUCAUUAACCGGUUCAACGUGGAUGAGGAUAUGAAUGAACACAUUAAAGCUCUGAACCCCGUGCGCUGGAAAGUCUUCCAGUGCCUGAUCAUUGAAGGGGAAAACUCUGGAGCAGAUGCUCUGCGAGAAGCAGAAAGAUUCCUCAUCAGUGACGAAGAAUUCACAAACUUCUUAGAGCGCCACAAAGACUUGCCCUGCUUGGUGCCUGAGUCGAACCAGAAGAUGAAAGAUUCCUACCUUAUACUGGAUGAAUAUAUGCGCUUUCUAAACUGUCAAAAUGGACGGAAGGAUCCUUCCAAAUCCAUCCUGGACAUUGGAGUAAAAGAAGCCAUAAAAUUCAGUGGAUUUGAUGAAAAGAUGUUUCUAAAGCGAGGAGGAAAAUAUGUAUGGAGCAAGGCAGAACUGAAACUGGACUGGUGAAGCUGAAAGAGAAACACCUUUAAUCUUCUGGAGGGAAAGCCUAUUCAAAGAGUGAUGUCCUUGUCAAUGACAACUCCUGUUGGCAUUUCUUAGUCACUCCAAAUCUGACUUUAUAUGGCAAACAGUGUCUGAUUAUAUGCAGUAAUUGAACAAACAUAGAACUUGGAGGGCUACAAUACAAAAAUAGGUCAAAAACAUUAACUUAACUUAUUAGACAUUUAAGUGUUUGAGCAGUUUGUCAUGGCUUCUAUAUUGCAUUUUGAAUUUAAUUUUUUUUCAGUUCUUUUAUUUGAUAAAAUCAGUUCUCUUUUGGGCUACCUGAGAAGUCCCAUGGAAGAAUUACAAAAUAGAAGUACAAAAUAGCUCCCAGAAUUUUUCUUCUGCUAAUUGCCAUGUCUUUUUCUUUUCUGCUUUUGUACUACUGCAAUACUGUAUGUAUAUGUGUGUAUAUCAUAUAUCUUAAUUUUGUUUUGUAUUUUGGGGCCACAUCUGGUGAUGCUUAGUGGUUUCUCCUGGCAGUGCUUGUGAGACCAUAUAGAAUGUUGAGGAUCAGACCCAGGAUGGCUACAUGGAAGGCUGUGUUCUUAUCCACUGUACUAUCUCUCUGGCCCCCGACUACUACAAUAAUUUUUAACCAUUAAUUCAGAAGUAGUCAACAAAUGUUUAGAAGAAUAAGAAAUAAUAAUCUUACUGUGAGUAACAAGAAGAGACAAUUCCUCUACUGGGAUUCUCACCUGGUCCCUGCUCACACCAAUGAAUUCAGAAAUGCCAACUAUUUCCAAAAUUCCAUUCCCCUCCCAGAUUCUUAGCAAACCUAAGCUAUGCUUCCCAUUUAACAACAAAGUUGACAUGCAAUUUUUUGGGGUCAUACUGUGACACUGUUACGCAGGCUCUGUCAAUUUAUUUAGCACAAAAAUGUGUUUCUUUGAGUUUCUCUGUAAAGUGUCCGCUUGCUGGAUUCGCAUAAGCUGGGAUUUUCAUGUUUGAAAAAGGACCAGAAUUUGUGUUUAGAAAAUACUGAGUGUUGAAGAGUAGUUUAUCUUAAAAUUGAAAUUUCCACAAAAGAAAUUGUAGCACAACAUAUUAUGUCUUAGUAACUCUGAAUAUCUUGAAAUAAGGGUAUCUGCAAAAUAGUACAACACCAGGUCAUCUGUGUGCUUUUCUAGCACUAAGAAAUAACUUUAGGGAAUUGUCACUAAAAAUGGAUCAGAAACAAAAUCCUCUCCCUGUGGACUUGUCACAAGUAGUUUGUUUUUAACCUAGAAAGCAUCUCAUUGUCAGGAAAAUUGUAAUUUCCUAUUAUUGUUAUUUCAAAAAAGCAAAAUUUAUGGAGAAGUUUUCAUGUAUUUGACCUUUAUCUUACUCGCACUGCAAUCCCAGUGUCUGUCACUAGAUGGCGUUUAAAUGUUGCCUGAUUUCUGAUUCUGUUCCAAGCGGCAGCAAUUUCGUUUUAUAAUAUAUUUUCAAUAUUUGGUGAUUUUAAAAGAUUUGGGUUUUUGUGAUUUUUUUCUCAGAAAAGAUUUUACUUCUCAAAGUUUUAUGUCACCAUUAGAAAUGCUCAGGGGUUAUUUCUGGCAGUGCUUGGGGGACCAUAUAGGAUUCUGUAUCAUUUCCCUUGAUGGGUUUUUGAGAACAUUUUAAGUGAUUAUAGUAUUCAUAUAAGUAUAAAUGUAAAUCAGAUUCAUUAUUUUUAAUUAGCAUGAGUACAUUCUGCUGAUCUUUAGAUUGCCCGACAAGAAUAAGCUCAAUGAAGAAAGAUCAAUUAUAUAAAAGUGCUGCAUACUGUUUGCUCAACCACUGUUAUUCCAAGAAAAUCUAAUUUCUGAACAAAGAGUCUCUGACUUCAAAUGAAUUUUUCUCCAGCUGAGAAAAACCAUUUCUGUUUCCCCAAAGGGAAAUAUGGAAGAGAACAAAAACUUGAGAUAUAAGCUACUUACUUUGUUUGUUUGUUUGGGGCCACACUGGAAGUGCUCAAGGGCUAUUCCCAGCAGUUGGGGACCAGGCAGUGACAGGAAUUGAACCUGGACCCCCUGCCUGUGCACUAUGGGUUUAGCACAAUGAGCUAUUUCUCUGGCCUGACAUAAGCUAUUUUAAAUAUAUUUUAUACUUGUAUAAAAUGCAAUUCUAUACUCCCCCCUCUUCCUUAUACACUGUCAAGAUACUCAAAAUCUUAAUAUGUAAAAUAUUUUUCAAAAUUUAUUUUCCUAAGAGUUAAAGUAGGACUUUUAGCACUAGUGUAAAUUAAACUUGGAUAAUAUUAGUUAUAAGUAUGAGUGUCCAUUUUAUCAAAUAUUUUCCUUUUCAUUAGGAAGAUGCACAUUCAUUAAACUGAGGUCUCUCAUUUUAAGGUAAAAGGUAAUGAUGCUUUAAUUAUUGCUUAAGUUUGUAUUUUAGCAAUAAUAAUAUUUCAUCUUCAGAGAUUAGAAAGGUUAAACUUACAUAGAUUACAUGUUUGUGUGUGAAUCAUCUACUGCUUAAUGAUACAUAAUGUGAUAGUUGUUUUCUUUUAAGUUUGAGGUGGGUAAAGGUUAUUGUUCUGAACUAUCUGAAAUGAGAGCCUUUUUCUCUCUCUGUCCGGAGUUUGAAAUUUAUAAUGGUUGAUGAAUAAAGAAUAAUGAUACCAAAACAAGAACACAAAGUAUGAUAAGAAUUCAUCUCAUCCCACCUUUAUUCAGGAAGAUAUAUUUAAUUGGUUGUGAUUCCAAGGAAAUUAAUUAUUUUGUAAAAUUUUAAGACUUUUUAUUGACUGUGUGUAAAGGAAGUUUCUGAAGAACUGUGUACACUUUUUUAAAAAUAUGUGAUGCUCUUGAGCAUUGAUGUGAUAAACUAUUGUAAGAUGUUGCAAUAUAUUAAAAUGGUUUUUUUUUGUA